AUGUCCUGCGAGCACUCCCCAGCAGCCUUCAAAAGCAAGAAACCACCCCAACAGCAAGUCCAUAAUUUCUGGGACAGGUACAUCACCAAAUCCCCCGGCAAAGUCACCACCAUCUUCCCACCCUCCCUCUAUUCUUCCCUCCUCCCUCGCCCCUCAGCCCUCUCCAAAUAUGACACCACAACCUCCCCAACCACCACCAACUUUGGCGCCUCCUACGCCGCCGCGGCAGACGCCUGCCGCGCCAAAAUCGCCCGCAUCGUCCGGGACUGCCACCGCACCAACUCCAAGUUCACCGACCCCGACUUUGACCUCAAGGGAAACCAGUGGGACUGUCUGCUGGGUUUGAACUGGCGGUCCCCUCCUGCCAAGGGCAACCCCGCCGCCGUUGAGGAUGCCCUCGGGACGCUGGAGAGGAUGCAAGUCUUUGACGGGACGGACUGUCUUCAGUUGACGGUGCCGGUGCUGAGGAAGAUUAUGGGGAAGAGAGUGCUUGACGAGGAGCAGGAAGGGGACAAUGAUGAGGACUAUGACCCCGAGCCGAAGGCGGUGCACAGAGUUGGGUGGAUCUUUGAGGACCCCAAGUUCGAGGUGGAUGGGUUUAGCAGUUCGGACAUAAUGCAGGGGAGCAACAGCCUUGAUUGCUGGUGGUUGUCUGCCGUGGCUACCAUCUGUCAUCGGCGGGAGCUGAUGGACAAGAUUUGCGUCGCGAGGGAUGAGGAGUGCGGGGUGUAUGGGUUUGUGUUUUAUCGGGAUGGCGAGUGGGUGUAUACCGUGGUGGAUGAUCACUUGUGUUUGACGAACGGGGAUUAUGAGGGGGGAGGGCAUGAUCCGAGUAACGCCAUUGUGAAGAAGUGGAGGAGGGAUAAGCAGACGGGGAGCCAGGCGUUGUAUUUUGCGGCCUGUCGGGAGGAAAACGAGACUUGGUUGCCGUUGUUGGAGAAGGCGUAUGCCAAGGCCCAUGGGGACUAUCACGCUAUUUGGGGUGGGUGGGUUGGUGAGGGCGUGGAGGAUUUGACCGGGGGGGUCAAUUCGGAGCUGGCGUUGGAGGAUGUCCUCUUCAAGGAGAAAUUAUGGAAGGAGUUGGUGAAUGAGAAUGGGAACUUUGUCUUUGGGCUGGAUAUCUUGGACAGGAAUGGCUCGGACAAGAACGGACUGGCCAACGCGCACGCCUACUCUCUUUUGGCCGCUAGAGAGGAGGAGGGAGAGGAUGGCAAGACCGUUAGACUGGUCAAGAUCAGAAACCCCUGGGGUGCACGCGGUGGCGACGGCAUGGGCGAAUGGACCGGCCCGUGGUCGGACGGCUCAAAAGAGUGGACUCCAUACUGGCUCACCAAACUUGACUACCGCUUCGAAGACGACGGCGUGUUCUGGAUGAGCUACAACGACAUGCUUCACACAUUCACUAAUUUAUACCGCACUCGUCUCUUCGAUGACGAGUGGGCCGUGGCUCAAGAAUGGACAAACGUCAAUGUUGCCUGGGUUUCUGGGUACUUGCAACGCAAGUUCGUUAUCGAGGUCAAAACAGCCACCACUGCUGUCUUUGUUCUGCAACAGGUAACUUGA